ACCCCUUCCCUCCCAUGGCCUCUAUAUCCCCAUCUAUGCAAUGGGCGUUUCUACUCUGUGUUCUCAUAGGUCCCUUAUAAUUUCCAACAGCCAUUCCCCCCACCCCUCUCCCCGCUCCACAGAGGUAAGGCUGAGAGUUGCUGUGGGGGAGCCGGCUCCUAGGCCCUCGGGGAACCUGCUGCAGGUGCUGGGGUAAAGGGCAGAGGCUCAAGGAGAUACACUGAGCGGCCUUGAAAUUGGCCUUGAAACCAUAGCUCUGCCAUUUAUCUGUUCUGGACAGUUUCCUUGUCUGUAAAAUCAGGCUAGUAUUGGCAAUCUUGCAGGAUUGCUCUGAGGCUUGCUUGAUGAUUAUGUGGUAGGUGGAAUUUUGAACAGAGGGCCUGACCUGGCUUUUAGUGCCCAGUAACUGAUACCUUCCUCCUGGACCACUGAGGUUUGCACUGGGCUGAUGUGGGGAUCCAGGGGCAGGGGGCUUUUGGUGAAAAAGAGAGGUCAUUGUCUCUGACCUCAGCCUUACAGAUUAGGCCUGAGCUGCUACUUGGGCACCUCCCCUGGGACAGGCCUGAGUCUGUCCUUCCUCCCUCCAUGGGACUGUGACCCUUCCAGGUGACCUCUGGGCUGUGAUACCCUCUGAGACCCUUCUGUGUCUCCACAAUGGAGAUCCUCCCCUACUGUCUGUACUUCCCUAACAACUCCCACUCCCCCUACACAGGCUUGGGGCUGCCCAUUGUCACCAGGAACCAGGAGUGUUGGAUCUGGAGCUGGCUAGCUUUGAGGGAAAAAUCCCACAAUGCAAACCCAAUUCUCAAAACCUGAACAGAAUGAAUGAACAAAUCUUAGAGGCUCAGCCCUUCCUCCCUCCAUCCAGACCCCCAAGGUUGUCCACUCCAAACCUCAGUGGUAUAGUCUUUCCUCUGAUUACAACAGCAGUUUGGAAAACUGGGGGAAGUUCAAAAAUAAAAUAAAAAUAACCUCACAUUCCACCCAGAACAGCCCCAGCUAACUUUUGGUGAACAGCUGGUAGGCACUUAGUAAAUGCUGGGCCCUGUGCCAAGCUCAACCAUUCCUCUUUCUCUUUACAAGAGGUAUUUAUGUUAUCCCCAAAUUACAGAUGGGGUAAGGAAGGCCCAGGCCUGGACUCAAACGCAGUCUGUCCCACUAAGCCUCCAAUACAAGCCUUUGGUGGGAGUUCCCCAGAGAGCUGCUAGCCCAGCAUGAUGGGACCCUCACUGUGUCCCUGGCAUACGGUAGGCGGUGUUCCUAUACUUGUUGGGCAACCGCAUCAGACAAGGCCAGGACAGCUGGGAAUGCACCUGGCCUUAAGUGGGCUGAGUCUCACUGUAUUUCCUGCAUUGCUCUGCCUGCCCUCCUUACCCAGCCCAACUCCUCAGAACCUCUUCUCUGUUCUCAGGAGCUUAGUUCCCUCUCCCUGGCCCUCAGGAAUUCAGCAUUGAGCAGCUACUCCUAGUGCGGUGGCCCAGAAAACACAACUUGACUUGGGUCCAAGGCUCCUGAAGGCUGAGCUCAUGUCCCUGUGCUUACUCCCAAGACAUUCUGUCCCUUUGCCAUUCAGAAAAAUGUCAUUUCAGGGAAGGUCAGUGGCCAGUCUUCAGGAGCUGCAGCCAGAAUGGCCCUGUCAACUGCUGAACAGGACUAGUGAGUCUAUUGUGCCAGCUGAAUUUGAGAAACCAAACACCUUGGGCCCGGAGGAUGGGGAACAGGAACCAGCAUUCCUCCAUCCCUUAUUCUGGAGACCCAGGCCCCCAUCUAUAGUCUCGUCCUCUCCUCUUCUCUUCUUUCUUUCUUUCUUUCUUUCUUUCUUUCUUUCUUUCUUUCUUUCUUUCUUUCAUUUAUUUAUGUAAGUAAGUAAGUAAGUAAGUAAGUAAAUAAUGUCUGUACCCAAUGUGGGGUUUGAACUCAGGAUCCAGAGAUCAAGAGUCCAGAGAUCAAAAGGCUCUUCCAACUGAGCCAACCAGGUGCCCCUAGUCCCUUUCCCUUUCAAAGAUUUCGCUUUAUCUGCUAUCUUUCCUCUGAGCUGUAGGCUGACCCCUCCACUGUCCCUAAACCUCCCAAGACAGUUUCAGAGAAUCAGAGCCCUUGACAAUUUUCUGAGGACCUUUUGCGUCUUUGGAAUGCAAAGCUACUUGGCCCAAUGUGACCAAUCUGUUGUGUAAGUCCCUCAGACCCACCCCGAUCCCCCCAUCCCCACCCCAUGUUGAUGCUGGUGGCCUAGAGACUUUCUAAUCCACGCAUGAUGUCCAGAGAGGGGCUGAUAUCUGUGCUCCCUUCAGCAGUACAUAUACUAAAAAACUGAGAGGGGCUGCCAUUCAUCAGAGGUCACAGUGAGUCGUGGUACCUGAACUGGGACUCAGGGGUCCUCCAGCCUACCCAGCUUCUUUGCCCUGACACUCCUGGACUGCAACUUCUAGACACCUGCCUCUGGCCCUGCAGCAACCGGAACCAUCUGUGCGCCUGCCUCAUCCUCAUGGCCUGCCUGAGCCCCUCGCAGCUCCAGAAGAAGAGGAAACAGAAGCUCAGAGCUGCCAGUUUCCAACCACAACGCCUAACUUCUGCACUCACAGCUGGGGGCGUCAGGACCACGGGUCCGGGAUGAGUUUCAGGAGGACGGAUUUCUGGUGCUGGAAGGAUUUUUAUCUGCAGAUGAGUGUGUAGCCAUGCAACAGAGGAUUGGCGAGCUAGUGGCUGACAUGGACGUCCCUCUGCACUGCCGCAUAGAAUUUUCCACCCAGGAAGAAGAGCAGCUGAGAAGCCAAGUAGGUGUCCGGGGCAGGGCAAGGAAGACUAUUUCCUUAGCAGUGGCGACAAGAUUCGAUUCUUCUUUGAGAAAGGCGUUUUCGACGAGAAAGGAAAUUUCCUGGUCCCUCCAGAGAAAUCCAUCAAUAAAAUUGGCCACGCUCUGCAUGCCCACGACCCUGUCUUCAGACAUGUCACACACUCUCCCAAGGUGCAGGCCUUGGCCAAAAGUCUGGGCCUCCAGAUGCCCGUGGUGGUGCAGAGCAUGUACAUCUUCAAGCAACCUCACUUUGGUGGUGAAGGACUCCACCUUCCUGUACACGGAGCCCCUGGGCCGGGUGCUGGGCAUGUGGAUUGCAUUGGAGGAUGCCACUCUGGAGAAUGGCUGCCUCUGGUUCAUCCCAGGCUCCCAUACCGGUGGGGUGUCAAGAAGGAUGGUCCGGGCCUUUGCUGGCUUGAAGCUCAACACCAGAUUCCUUGGGUCAGAGCCUGUCUGGGAUGACAGCCUAUUUGUACCCACACCAGUGCAGAGAGGGGCCCUUAUCCUAAUCCACGGAGAAGUAGUGCACAAGAGUGAGCAGAACCUUUCUGACCGCUCACGCCAUGCCUAUACUUUCCACCUCAUGGAGUCCUUGGGCACCAUGUGGAGCCCGGAGAACUGGCUCCAGCCAACAGCUGAGCUGCCCUUUCCCCCUCUGUACACCUGAACCGCCUCUCAGGGCUGGGGCCCGGCCCCUCCAGGGGAAGCUGUGGGUUGCAAGCACCAGCGCCUCGCCCGACCACCCAGCUGCAAAGGGGAAGCUAGAUCUCUUCCCUUGUGCUUUCUCCCUGCCAGCAUCUGUGCCCCUGAGCCCUGUAGACAGGCAGGUGAGGGGUGGCAGGUGGGCCCCAGGAGCCUGGCUGGCUGGGUUUCUGGACACCUCUGUCUCUCCGCCUCUCCCCUGCCCCAAUCCAACCUCCUGCUGGAGGCAGCCUCUCGCCAUGAUAGCACUGUGGCUAUUUCUCUGCUAGCUACCCACUGUUCCCUCCUCUCAGAUGCAAUUCUAAUUAUUACAGUGCAGGACAUGCAAUAAAAGCGAUUUCUGAAUGCA